AUGCGCGAACCAAGACACACGUUGUCCAAAUCGAUCGAACCGAACGAGCAAAUUCCCCCGAGCCUACCUCUGAACGCCGACCUUAGUAUUACAAUGACAUUUGAGAGCAAACCCCGGCGCUCUACAAAGAGGUACCGCGCGGUCAAGCGGCCUGACGGUAUCAUUGUCGAGCAUCCUCAGUAUCGACCAGCAGGCACGUCGCAGAAGCCCACAAGAAAUCCCGAACGGAACUUGGUCUCAUUAGAUCACGUCGGUACACAAGAAAAGCACACACAAGGAGCAGGUCCGAACAGUAUGGAGCACGACCUCAUGGGUAUAGGCAUGGGCAUGGACAUCUUUGUUCGCGCCGUGCCCGUCGAUGCUAUGGGCAGUGACAACUACACUAGACUGGGGAGAGGGAGGGGAGGAUACAACGAGGUUGCGCGCGAGCUCACACCUGUUCAUAUCAUGGCAAACGGCGCGGCGAAACCCAAGAAGGCCAUAAACCCCUGCGCUACUCACUACAGUCACCAGUCGUAUUUCUCCAGCAAGAUGGCGGUACUUGAUGUCUUCCAGCGGUUUUCAGAUAUCAAACCCCUCUUCUUCGCAAUAGUCGGACUAGCCUUGACAGUGUGCGCUAUUGGCGCACUAUCCUACUCGCAUCGCGUCCCUAAGAAUGCGCCACCUCAAGUCAAAGACGAUCUUCCAGUCGUCGGAGCUCUUGGUUUCUGGACCCGAAGAUGGGAAUGGUGGAGCGAGCGACGCGACCAGUCCAAGACGGGAACCUUCUCUUUCCAUGCUGGACCGAACAUGAUUGUUGCGCUUUCAGGAGACAAAGGGCGCCAGCUGUUCUUCGAGUCGAAAGAUCUGGGCUUCACCGAAGGAUAUGCUGUGUUGUUCGGUAACUCGCCCAAAGUUUCCAGGACCAUUACUGCCGAGGAUAAUAAUCUCAGCUUCAGCGCCAUGUUUCAUCGCCGUCUGAACUUCUUCUUGAAGAACGACCAAUUCCGUCGCAAGCUGCCUAUCUUGAUAUCCGACACAAAACAAGCUCUCGAAGCCAUCAAGAAUGAGCCCAGUGGCCGCACCAAUCCCUUCGAGAGCCUGUACCGGAUCGUCUUCCGUCUCACCAUCCGCAUGGUAGGCGCUACUGAGAUUGCCGAAGACCCUCAGAUGCUGGAGGAGGUUCUAAAGAUGUUUGAGACGAUUGAAAGCAGCUCUACCGCUACGUCAGUCUUGUUCCCGAAGCUCCCUUCACCGGCUCUCUUGAAACGAAACUGGGCAGGAGCGCAACUCUAUAUGAUGAUCGACAAAAUCAUCAAGAAGCGUGCGGCAAGCGACGAGAAGCACGAUGAUGCGCUGCAGUACUUGUUGGAUCAGGGUGAUCGCGCCGAGAGAGUCUCUCAGUUCGUCAUUGGAGCGUUGUUCGCUGGUUUACUCAACAGCGGUAUCAACGUAGCCUGGGUUAUGUCCUAUCUCGCCACCUCACCCGAAUGGCUCGCCAAAGCGAACGACGAAGUCCGCAGCAAUGCGGCGAGGUACGCUAAGAACCCGAACGCGCCCUUGCUCCAGCAGCUCGACGACGUACCUGUAGAGGCAUGGGAGGGCGAGUUCCCAGUCAUCGACAUGUGUCUACGAGACUCUCUACGCCUGAACCUGCUCGGCACGGCCUUCAGGCGGAACAUCAGCGGCAAGAACAUACCCACGGGUAACGGCGACGAGGUCAUACCACCCGGCGCAUUCGUCACAUACGCCCCGGGCGACAUACACUACGAUCCAGAGAUCUAUCCCGACCCACAGAAGUGGGAUCCGGCUCGAUACAUGCCAGAUCGUGCGGAGGACAAGAAGAAGGCAGCACAUGGCUUCCUUGGCUGGGGGUCAGGACGGCAUCCGUGUUUGGGCAUGCGCUUUGCGAAACUCGAGCAAAAUGUUAUCACGGCGUACUUUAUUGCUACCUUUGACUUCAAACUUGAAGACGAGAGUGGCAACGUGCUUACUGUCGCCCCUUUGGUUGACCCUAAUUGGCAUUCUGCGCAUAAGCCCAAGGAGCUGCAAUUUCUUAGGGUUAUAAGGAAGGAGAUGUAG